AUGGACCCAGAAAAGGCUGGAUUUAAGCUGAAUCAGACAACCUACGCGCUGUCAAUAGUCAGCAGAGCUGCCAUACUUUUUAUCGUCACCUGCAUAGCCGUAGCCAACUCUCCUUUCUUCAGGUUCAAGAUCAGGCCGUAUCCAAACACCGUCGUACACCCUCACUGCGAAAGCAUCUCUCCAAUCAGCCAGGAAGAGUAUCAGGUCCGUCAGGCUACGCUAGCUCACACCCUUUACGCGUUAAACGCGUCCGCGUACGUCGCCGAACCUGGGGCAAUCACCCAGUACUUUGCCAACUUUUCUACCUCGGAUUGGAAAUUGUCGGAACGUCCUCUGCUGUUGAUUAUUAGGCCCAUCACCUCUCUUUCAACCACGGACAUCCAAGCACAAGUGACCAUACUCACUCCAAAGUUCGAAUCGACACGAGCACGGGGCCUUCCUGUACCUCGACCCUCUUCCUUCAAGGUGAAAUACGUUGAAUGGGCGGAAGAAGCCAACCCAUAUGCUGUUGCGCUAUCCGCCUUGUCGAUAACGGGUACAAUCUACGUAGACGACAGCAUUCGGACCUUUAUUGUUGAUGGCUUAAAGAACGCCUCUACGGGUCCACAUUCGGUCCAGUCCGCUCCAUUGGAGAUCAGGCGUCUACGUGAACGCAAGUCCAAAGCGGAGAUAGAGAUCCUGAAAUGCGCUAACGAAGCAACGCUUCUCGCUAUUCGGGAAGUCCACAAUUCACUCCAUGUUGGUAUUCGAGAGUCUCAAGCCCGCGACAUGAUGGCCGCUUCGCUCUCUGCGGCUGGUCUCAAAAGUGGCGGGUGCCUAACUUUGUUUGGCGAGAAUGCCGCUCUUCCGCAUGGCAGUGGCACGGACCGUUCACUCUCUGAGAAUGAAUUUGCCUUGUUUGAUUGUACUGCAUCAUUGCAUGGUUAUUUUAGCGAUGUUACCCGAACGGUAGCCCUCCCAAGCUCGAAUAUCCUAGAUGAGCAUCUGGAAGUUUGGUACCACGUACAUACUGCCCAAAAAGUUGCCAUGCGUGCUGCCAAAGCUGGCGUGGUGACCCACGAAGUCGACGACGCGGCGCGGACAUUUUUAAGCGCGGUUGGCUAUGGUCGUUUUUUCACCCAUCGCCUUGGUCAUGGCAUCGGGCUCGAAGUCCACGAGCAGCCUUAUCUUCACGGGGGGAGCAACGAUGUGAUCGUAACUGGGCACACAUUUUCAAACGAACCCGGGGUUUAUAUCGAACACAAGCUUGGUGUCAGAUUGGAAGACUGUUUCUUCAUCGAUGCUGAUGGAAACGCCAAAUAUCUGACAGAGGGUGUUGGCGGCCAGAGCACCACCCCUUGGUUGCCUUAA